UAAAAGCUGUUUUCUCCACUCUGUAUUCUCCUUUCCCUCUAGUAAAGUAAUUAUACAUUCUUUUCUAUCCUCAGGAAAACAAAAAACAAUAUAUAGUACGUUUUGUAGUCACAAUCAUUCUUUCAAUUUGUUCCUCUUUAAAUCAAUAAUUAAGUUGAUUUAAAGUUGAUUUGUUAUAAUCUAGCUAGCUAAGCUAGAUGAUGACACAACAACUAAAAGCAAAACACGAAUUCAAUGAGUACAAAUGGGUUGUGAAUUUACUUAAUACCAAGUUUUUUGGAUCUUGCAUUGAUCAUGGAAGCAUGAGAAAAAAUGAAAAGAAUGUGUUUUGUAUCGAUUGUAACUUAUGUUUUUGUAAACAUUGUGUGAAUGGACUUAAAACACGCUGCUGCCACCAUCAUCGUCGUUUGCAAAUUUGCCGGUAUGUCUAUCACGACGUGCUUCGUCUACAAGAUAUUCAAAAACAUCUUGAUUGCUCCAGUAUACAAACUUACAAAAUAAAUGGCGAAAAAGCGGUACAUUUGAAUCCUCGACCUCAACAAUGUAAAGACUCCAAACCAUCAAAGUUAAAAAUUUAUGGCACAUACUGUGAAGCUUGUGGAAGGCAUAUUCAAGAUGUUCCAAACCGAUUUUGUUCCAUUGCUUGCAAGGUGUCCGUUGUGUCGUUUUCUUUUUGUAAGGAAAACUACGAUGAUUUUGAAGGAAUUAUGAAUGAAAAUGAAUCGUCGUUCUCUUCAUCACUCGACACGGUUGAAGAAUGUAUGCAACGCGGCAAUUGGGUAACUUCAAGUUUAAAGGUUAAAAAGAGUGUAGUCCAUAAGAGGAAGGGAGUUCCUCAAAGAGCUCCUUUACAUUGAUACAUAUAGACAUAUAGUAUAUACUGUAUUUUUGUUUAUUUUCAACAUGAGAGAUAUAAGUUUUUUUGAUAUUAUUAUUAUUGGAUAUCCAUAUAAACAAAGAAUAUUGAAGUAAACUUUACAAUUAUGUUAAA